AACCCUCUUUUUGCAUCUCAGUGAUGCUGAUCUCCUCCAGCCUCUUUCAGCCAUGUCCUGUCCAUAAACACUUGCAUUACAGUUGGCUGUACAUCAUUGCUCCCGACUGGCAACCUGGUAAUGAUAGUAGUUGGCUAGGGGCAGACUGACCAUUGGAGAACUCGGGCACUGCCCGAGGGCCCGGGGUCAGUAGGGGGCCCCAUGAGAUGCUUUUUUGGGUGUGGUUUGAGUGUGGGCGAGGACACAGGGGCCCCAUAAUCCCAUAUUGCCUGGGGGCCCCAUGA